GUUUAACAGCAAAACAGACCGUUGGCUUCAGCUGGACUUAAUUUUGUCCUAAAAUAUCAACUGUUAGGACGAGGUGUGAAAUGGAUAUGUAGCUAUACCAGGAACAAGUUUCCACACUCAGAUAUUUAGUUUCAAAAAGUACAAAAUGUGCCACUGAAGCAGAAGUGAUCAUGUUCUAGUGGCCCUCCCAUCAGGAAACACAUCAGUUUAGUGGUGAUGUUAUCUGUGAUGCUAAAAAUGAUCAGACAACAGUCUGAGACAAGACCCGCAGUGCACACUUGAGAACAUGUAUGUAGCAGUGAUGGAAAACAUCUUCUUGCUUGUGCUGGUCACUCUUCUCAGCGUCGUUCAGAAUGUGUUCUUCGCCUUAAAGGUUGAGAAAGAGUGCACCGGUCAACAUUCUAAAAAUCAUUCUGAAGCGUUUGAACGUUUGUCCUGUGCAAAUCGAAACUGCAUGGACACGUACCCCACAUUUCUGGCAGUACUGUGGUGUGCUGGUAUCUGCCUCAGCCAAGCUCCAGCUGCCUUUGCUGGCAUUAUCUACCUUGUGGUCCGGCAGAAGUACUUUGUUGGCUACUUGGGGCAGACUUGCCAGAGCACUCCUGGCUUCCUGUUCGGGAAACGCAUUCUCUUCUUCCUGUCACUCAUGUGUGUCGUGGGAAUCAUAAAUCACCUGAUGCUCACCUAUGGAGGCAGUGACUACAAAGAGUACAUUCAGACCAUCACCAAAGUAGUGUCAACACUUCUGCUCUUGCCCUGAACUGUGCCAGACAGAUUUUUCUGCAGCUGAAACGGUAGUGCAAACAGAUCAGUGUAGAUCAACUCUUUCGGUUAAUGGUUUGUCAGUUAGUCAGAGGAUGUGGCAAGAACAGUAUGAAGCGUUCACAGGGAUGGUCACAAAGGCAUUUAAUUUCAUUAUGAUUUGUACAUACUACAAAGCUUUACAAAAGACAACCGUUUUUACUGUAACUAUCCCAGUAUAUGGUAUUUGAAGAAAUGUUUUAAAUGGGUCAUAUCAUGCUUUAGUUUUCUCAUUGAGGUCAACAUGUAAGGUUAGUAAAGAUUUGUCAAAAAAUGUUUCAUUUCACACCUCUCUCUGAGCUUUAGAUUUAACUGGUCAGUUUUUUUGUUCUGCUCAGGCAUCGGAUUGCAGGUUUCCUGUUGUGUGAAAUAUAGUUCAGCAAAAUCCUCAGCCUCUUUGCAAAGUCUGCAUUACAUGACAGGGUUACAAAAUAAUCAGUGAUGAAAUGUCAGACUGAAAUUAUCAGGGUAUAACUGCACAUAGGGCUGGGCGAUAUGGCCAAAAAAAUUAUCAGCUAAAAUUUUCAUAUCAGUUGAUAAUGAUAAUUAUCACAAUAAAUUUCAAAUCGUGAUGACCUCAUAUUUAGAUGUUGAAAGGUAAUUAUUCCGACCGUUUUAGUUUUAUAAAAAUUAACCACUAAUCAUGCUAACCACAGUUAAAACCACACAUAUAGCACCUCAAUACUGUGGUAUAAAUGUAUCUAUGUUGUUUCUAGUUAUUUGCAUAAAAAAACAGUAGUCUAAAUACAUUUAGUAUAAAUGCA